AUGGUCUUCGAAGGCCUUCACCCCAUCUACGACGAGAAGGCUCGUUCCCAGCUUGACCUCGCGAUCUACAUUGACAUCGUGAACGAUGUGAAGUUCGCCUGGAAGGUGCAGCGCGACGUGUCCGAGCGCGGCUGGACUGAGGAUCAGGUUCGCGAGGACAUCGAGAAGCGCCUUCCAGACUUCUCCAAGUACGUGGACCCGCAGAAGGCAAAUGCGGACGUCGUCCUGCGUUACGAGCCAUCGGACAAGGGUCUGCCUUUCCUCAAGGUGAAGCUGAUCCAGAAGAAGGACGGCAAGUUCCCCAUGAUCACUUUGAAGAAGGACCUCAGCCUAUCUGGCAGCGAGCCUGGAGCCGAGCUGAAGAUGUACGACGACGAGUGGUUCGGCAGCCCUGUCACGGUCGUUGAGAUGGAUGGCGAGAUCGACAUGGACAACAUGGACAGCCAGCUGAAGGAGAUCGAGGCCAACAUGGAGGGUCUCCCUUCGAAGAAGGAGGGCGAGCUCACCGAG